AUGGCUCCAAUUCAUGACCUUAUUGAUUCCAAUGGGACUUCAGCAACUUCAAGUAAUUCUGCUGCAACUUUCAAUGCUGAAUCGAUAAAUCAGUUGUUUCCGGAAAUUGAUAAGAAUGAACUCACAAGGUUAAUCAUCCAGUCAUUAUCGGAUUUGGGGUUUGAGAAAUCAUCACAAACGUUGAAGGCUGAAAGUGGGUUAGAACUGGAUUCUCCUAUUAUAAAUAACUUUAUUGCAUACAUCAAAGAUGGUGAUUUUCAACAAGCUGAGGAGAUUAUUGAUGAUUUGAACCUAGUUGAUGAUUCUCCUGGUGUUAAGAAAAAGAUCAAGUUUUUAAUAAAGAGAGAAAAGUUUUUAGAAUGCUUGUAUUCUGAGACUUCUGGUCAUAUUGCAUUGAAAAUAUUAAGAAAUGAAAUUGGAACUUUAACAACCAUAAAUAACAUUAGAUCAUUGACUGCAUUAUUAAUGAACAAAGAAUCCGAACAAUUGCAAAAAGUUAACGGGUGGUUACAAUCAGUGGAAAAUUCAAGAAUACUGUUACUAAAUGAAAUUUCCAGAUAUAUCAAUCCUAAUGAAAUGAUUCCAAAAUUUAGAUUGUUCAAAUUACUACAACAAUCAAUCACACAUCAAAGGUCAUUAAAUCUUUAUCAAUUUGGUGAAGAACACACACAUGUCUCACUAUACGAAGACUUAAAAUCUGAUAAAUCAAACUUCCCAGAUACAAUUGUAAAGACAUUAACAGAUCAUAAAGAUGAAGUUUGGUAUGUCCAAUUCAGUCAUGAUGGUACUAAACUAGUUACAACUUCAGCUGAUCAUCAAAUCCAUGUUUAUGACGUUACACAAGAUUUCAAAAAGAUACACACUUUAUCAGGUCACGAGAAACAAGUGAUGUAUGCUAGUUUCAGUCCUGAUGAUAAAAGACUACUUACAUGUUCUAUUGAAUCAAAAGCUCGUAUUUGGAAUCUAGAGACUGGCGAAGCUGAGCAAGUGAUUUCAUUGAUGGGUGAUUCCCGUAUUUGGUGUGGUGAUUGGUAUCCGAAUGGUGAAUGUUUUGUUCUCGGGUCUCCUGAUAAAGAAAUAAUAUUGUAUGAUGCUAAUACAGGUCAACAGCUUCAUAAAUGGGAAGGUCCGAUAAUUAAUGAUUUGAAAAUUUCUUCAAAUUGUAAAUUGAUUGCUGCAACUUAUGAAAAAAACAUUGAAGUUUGGGAUUUAAACACUAAGGAGAAACUGAAAACUAUUGAAAUUGGCGAAAGAAUUACAAGUUUAUCAGUUUCUCAUAGAAAUCCAAACCAUAUCCUGAUUAAUGUCAGUCCUAAUGAAUUACAAAUUUGGGAUUGGACUAGGAGUUUAUUAUUGACAAAGUUUGUUGGGCAUAAACAAGAAAAAUACAUUAUAAGGUCUUGUUAUGGAUAUGAUGAAAAUUUGGUUUGCUCUGGUAGUGAAGAUGGUCGUGUUUUUGUUUGGAAUAGGGAGUUUGGUGCCUUAUUGGGGGCAUUUGAUGCUCAUAAGGGCAAUACAAAUUGUGUCACUUGGAACCCAAAAAUUAAAACAAUGUUUGUAACUUGCGGUGAUGAUUUUAUAGUAAGAAUUUGGGGUCCAUCUCCAAAGAAACUUGCGCCCUAA